AUUUUUAAUUAAUAAAGCAUACAGUAUUUGCCAGAACGGAUUGUAAAUGUUUCUGCAAUGUAUGGACAUAUUUUUAUCAAUUGCUAGCAAUAUAACCCCUGACAUGCUACGACAGUUAUAGCGAAAUCAUCAGUUUUCUCGUUGGGCUUGACUGAGAAUAACGCUUUUCCUAUAUUAAAAAAAAAUACAAUGAAGUGUUCAGCUGCGACUAUAACUUCCUUCGUAAUUCGUAUUUUAGGGUGUGUUGUUGCCUUGCGAUUUAUAGAGCCAAUACAAUAUGAAAUACAGGAGAAAUACGGAUUGACCAUGCAACAAUUGCAAAUAAAAUGUGAUAGCAAGGACCAAUCCUUGUAUAUAAAAAUCAUCUCAGAUCAAGACAAAUCAAGCAGUGUUAGGGGUAAAUUAACAAAUGAGUUGGUAAAAAAAGCUAAAGACAAAGAAGGAGAGGUUACGGAAAGUGAUUGGGAUAAGUGGACUAAAGAGAUUUGUAUUCUAAACAAGACUCUUAAAGAAAUUUCCGUAAUUGCCAUUAAUAAGGUACAGCAAUGUCUCGAUCAGAAAGAUCAAUUAAAUGAAGAAGAAAAAUGUAAGGCUCAAAGAGAUUUUUUCAAAAACUUCUGUGAUAAAGUGCAAAUAUCAGCUGAGUGGUCGUAUAUGGCGUCCCGUGUGGAAAAUUCUUGAACAGAAAUGAAUUUGCUGAAAAUACUUCAAUAUGUAUGCAUAUCUAUUUUAUUUUUUACA